CUAUUCUGUUCCCUCAGGACAGCUAUGGUGGUUCUACAUUAUUACCAACGGCCCAGCGAGGCCGACAGGGACCUCAACAACCUUCUACUGUCUGCCCAAACUAUCUUAGGCAAUGGCGCCCAAGCGGUCCAGAAGGAACUGUGCUUCAACGUUAACUGGACGGGAAAGACUCUCCCAAGCGCCCGGGAGAUGGAGAUGUUGCAAUGGGUUUUUGGCUGUCCGUUCGAAGAAGGCGAUAUCGCACCCACAUCGUUCCUCAGUCCACGCCCGUCUGAUCUGCUGGUAGAGAUCGGUCCACGGUUGAAUUUUUCUACAGCCUAUUCCACCAAUGCUGUCUCCGUGUGCCUGGCCGCUGGGUUGGAAAACAUUGACCGAGUUGAGUGUUCCCGACGCUACCUUUUCAAAUGUGACCAACUGCCUACCUCAUCCCAGGAGACCCAACUAGUAGCUUCACUCUACGACCGGAUGACGGAACAGACCUAUCCCGAACCCAUCAAGAGUUUUGCGGUAGCAACUCGCCCCGAAGCAGUGUUCCAUGUUGAUAUUCUUGGUGAAGGAAGACCGGCUCUCGUGAAGGCCAACAACCAGCUUGGUCUGGCUUUUGAUUCCUGGGACCUGGAUUUCUAUACUGCUCUCUUCCAAAAAUUGGGCAGAAACCCCACCAGUGUAGAAUGCUUUGACCUUGCUCAAUCCAACAGUGAACACAGCCGGCAUUGGUUCUUCAGAGGGCGCCUCCUGGUGGACGGGAAAGAAAGGGAGGAAUCGCUCUUCGAGUCCAUCAUGAAAACUCAAGAACGCAGCAACCCCAACAACGUCAUCAAAUUCUGCGACAACAGCAGUGCCAUCCAAGGCAGAGAAGUCCUCUCUCUCUGGCCCAGCGACCCAUCGAAGGCCAGCCCCUUUGAGAAGCGGACUUCCACUCGGCAUGUCAUCUUCACCGCUGAAACCCACAACUUUCCCACAGGAGUUGCCCCAUUCAGCGGUGCCACCACUGGGACAGGCGGGAGAAUCCGGGACGUGCAAUGCACAGGUCGCGGGGCUCACGUAAUUGCUGGAACUGCCGGAUACAGCUUUGGCAAUUUGCACAUUCCAGGAUACUCGUUACCUUGGGAAGACACAUCUUUCAUAUACCCUGAUAAUUUUGCUCGACCUGUGGAAGUGGCCAUCGGUGCCAGCGAUGGAGCAUCCGACUACGGCAACAAAUUUGGGGAACCUGUGCUGGCAGGGUUCGCACGGUCUUUCGGGAUGCGCUUGGGGGACGGCGAGCGGCACGAAUGGAUCAAGCCCAUCAUGUUCAGUGGAGGCAUCGGAGCCAUUGAAGACAUACACGUCCGCAAGGAAACUCCCCUGCCCGGGAUGGAUGUGGUGAAGGUGGGAGGGCCCGUUUACCGAAUUGGGGUCGGAGGAGGAGCUGCGUCUUCCAUUCAGGUGCAAGGCGACAACGCCAGUGAGCUGGAUUUUGGAGCCGUGCAACGCGGUGACGCCGAAAUGGAACAGAAAAUGAACCGAGUCCUUCGGGGUUGCAUCGAAAGCGGAGAGAACAACCCCAUCUGCAGUUUGCACGACCAGGGUGCUGGAGGCAACGGGAAUGUCUUGAAGGAGUUGAGUGAGCCAGCAGGAGCCACUAUUUAUGCGAGCCGUUUCCAGCUGGGAGACCCCACUUUGAGUGUUUUGGAAAUCUGGGGGGCCGAGUAUCAAGAAUCAAAUGCGCUCCUGCUUCCGCCACGCCGAGCUGAUUUUCUUCAACGCCUGGCUUCCCGUGAAAGAUGCGCCGUUGACUUUGUUGGCAAAAUCACGCGCGAGGGGAAGAUUGUGUUGGUAGAUGACACAAAGUCCCCGGCAAGUACGGCAGAGGUCCUCGAAUGUGAGACAGGAGGAAGGGACACCCCUGUGAAUUUGAAGCUGGAAUGGGUACUUGGCAAGAUGCCACGCAAGGAAUUUGUUUUGAACCGUGUAAACCGAGCCCUUCGCCCUCUGGAUCUUCCUAAGGCCCUGAGCGUGGUGGAUGCCCUUCAACUGGUCCUGAAGCUCCCAUCAGUGGCUAGUAAACGUUACCUGACAAAUAAGGUUGAUCGUUCGGUGACGGGGCUGGUGGCCCAGCAACAGUGCGUCGGUCCCCUCCACACACCCCUGGCGGAUGUGGCCGUGGUGGCCCUUUCCCCCUUUGAAACGGUGGGAGGAGCCACUGCUCUUGGAGAACAGCCAAUCAAAGGGCUGAUAAACCCUGCAGCCGGCGCCCGAUUGGCCGUGGGAGAAGCCCUUACCAAUCUGGUCUUUGCUCAGGUCACCGAUCUGAAGGAUGUGAAAUGCAGUGGCAACUGGAUGUGGCCAGCCAAGCUCCCGGGAGAAGGGGCAGCUCUGGAAGAAGCCUGCAGCGCCAUGUGCUCCGUCAUGGGAGAGCUGGGCGUGGCGGUGGAUGGCGGGAAGGACUCGCUCAGCAUGGCAGCCCGGGUUGGCACAGAAACGGUCAAGGCGCCUGGAACCCUGGUCAUCUCAGCUUAUGCUGUCUGUCCUGAUAUCACAGCCACCAUCACCCCUGACCUCAAAUGUCCCGAUGGGAAAGGAGCCUUGCUUCAUGUGGCUGUGAGCCCUGACAAGCAUCGACUCGGGGGUAGCGCACUGGCCCAGUGCUUCUCUCAACUGGGAGACACUUCCCCAGAUCUGGAUGAUCCCAGCACCCUUGUUUCCUGUUUCCGAGUUACUCAGGAUCUGUUACGAGAUUCUCUUCUUUCUUCUGGCCAUGAUGUGAGCGAUGGGGGACUUCUGACUUGUUUGUUGGAGAUGGCCAUUGCUGGGAAUUGUGGUGCCCACAUUGAGCUCGGGGCACCGGGGGUCCAGGCUUUGGAGGUUCUUUUCGCAGAAGAACUUGGAUUGGUGCUGGAAGUGCCCCGUGCAGCGGCAGCUGAUGUCUGCGGACGGUAUCGGGAAGCUGGGGUGCGCUGUGUCCCCGUUGGAUAUUCCGGUCCUCGUGGUCCAAACGCCAUGGUCCAGGUCACUGUGAAUGGUCAGCAGGUGCUAUCGGAGAAAGUCUCCACCUUGAGGAAUUGGUGGGAGGCCACCAGUUUCCAGCUGGAGAGACUGCAAGCCAAUCCAGAGUGUGUGGCUCAAGAAGAGAUGGGCUUGGCCAAGAGGAUGGAACCCAAUUUCACCUUGACCUUUAACCCUCAGGAGGAACUUCCUCUUCUUCAGGAAAUGGCCUUGCCUGCUCCCCGUGUGGCUGUCCUUCGCGAGGAAGGGAGCAAUGGAGAUCGCGAGAUGGUGGCCGCGUUUCUUAUGGCUGGAUUCCAGGUUUGGGAUUUGACCAUGCAGGAUCUGUGCUCGGGCACGAUGACCUUAGACUCCUUCCGUGGCUUGGUGUUUGUUGGAGGCUUCAGUUACGCUGACGUUCUUGGCUCAGCCAAAGGCUGGGCGGCUUCGGUGACCUUUAACCCCAGGGCACGGGCGCAGUUCCAAGCGUUCCACCAGCGCAAAGACACCUUCAGCUUGAGCGUGUGCAAUGGUUGCCAGCUGAUGGCGCUGCUAGGCUGGGUUGGAGCCGAGGACUCUGAGGCCAAAGAACUUGAUGGGUCCCUUCAACCAGGGUUGCUGUUGAGCCCCAACCGCUCUGGCCGGUUUGAGUCACGUUUCGUGAAUUUGGGGAUCGAGGAAAGUCCGGCCUUGAUGCUGCGAGGCAUGGCGGGAUCUACCCUGGGCAUCUGGGUGGCCCACGGAGAAGGUCGUAUGCGGUUCCGCUCGUCCGAAAUCCUGGCUCGGGUACGCUCGUCCCGAUUGGCUCCGCUUCGCUACGUCGACGACCAAGGGCUGCCCACGGAGGAGUACCCACUGAACCCGAAUGGGUCCCCUCUCGGCAUUGCUGGCAUUUGCUCUCCUGAUGGGCGUCACCUGGCCAUGAUGCCUCACCCGGAGCGAUGCGUCCUACCCUGGCAGUGGCCUUGGAUGCCAACCUCCUGGCGUCAGUCGGUCAAAGUCUCGCCUUGGCUGCGUAUGUUCCAGAAUGCCUGCGAGUGGUGCGUGCACUAUCCAGAGGGGCAACCUUGACCCCAUUUCGCCCUGGCGGGUUCUUAGCUUGACUGCCUCCAUUCCCAAUUCUGAGCCACCCGUUGCAAGCCGCCUUAGAUAUUCUCCAAGGCCUGGCCAGAAACCCGAAAGCUCUCUUUUCUGGCUGGUCUCCUUUCCCAAGAUCACCCUAAACCAGGUUACUGAACUUACAAGCAUCCAGAAAUCAUCGAUAUGGAGUGAGCAGAGAUUAACCAUAGUCGAUGUGAUGCCAACGAAAUUGCUGUCUGCUCCUUUUCCAAGGUCACCCUAAACCCAGUUACAGAAUUUACAAGCACCCCAAAAAUCAUAGAUAUGGACUGAACACAGAUUUACCAAGUCGACAUGAUGCAAAAUGAAAUUGCUAUGUGCUGCUUUCCCACAGUCGCCCUAAAUCAGGUUACUGAACUUACAAGCAUCCAGAAAUCAAAGAUAUGGACUUCAAGAUUUCUUCAAACUGCACACCCGUGAUCGCGCAAUCACUGAACCGGUUGUUAAACCGAGAGGAUCCCACCACUG